AUGAAAAUUUUUCUUACAUUGUUCAACGUAAUAACGUUGGUGUCGGCCACUAUCGUUACAGAUGCCGAUUGGAAAGCUUACAAGGUAAAACAUAGUAUAAUUUUUUUUUUAUUUAGAAAAUAUUAUGUUUUUUUAAAGGAUAAAUAUAGAAAAAACUAUUCACUAGCGGAGGAGGAGAAGUCCAAAGUUAAUUAUGCUAACAACAAAAUUCACAUAAAUUUACAUAAUAUAAGAGCAAAUAAUGGUCUUGUUUCAUAUAGACUGGAAGAAAAUCAAUACUCAGACAUGUCAAAGACCGAAUUUUUUGAAAUGCUUGGUGGAAAAAAUUAUUCUGACACCACACCACCACCACAAAGAAAAGAAACUCCAGUUGUUUUAAAAAAAUUAUCAGAUCCUUUUCUAUCUUAUAGAAACUGGACAAGGGAUGGUGCUGGUUAUGGAGUUUUGGAUCAAGGACGAAAAUGUAAUGCGGCUUGGGCAUUUUCUGCAUUAUCUGCAAUAGAAGCUCAUUAUUUUCAAGUUGCCGAAGAUCCUAUGUUACCAAAACAAUUAUCAGUACAAAAUCUUAUAGAUUGCGCUGGUGGCGCAAAAGCUUGUAAUGGUUUACAAAUACCAGAAACAGCAUAUGAUUACAUUGAGUUUCAAGGUAAUAUUAAUACUGGAGAAAAUUAUAAAUACACUGGAGUACAAAGUUUCUGCAAGUACGACCCAAAUGAUGUUGGUUUGGCAAUUGGUGGCUUUCAAACAAUAGAUGAAAACAUGGAUGGAGCAUUAUUACAAAUUGUCGCUUAUGAAACACCUGUUGUUGUUGGUUUCAACCCAUUUUCUUUUGAAUUUAUGCAUUAUAAAUCUGGGAUAUUCGUUCCACCACAAAACAAAAUUGAUAUUUACCAUAAGUAUUAUAUGACUGUCAUCGGUUAUGGAAGUGAUAAUGGUCAGGACUAUUGGAUAUUAAAAAAUUCGAUGAGUAAUUCUUGGGGAGAAUUUGGUUAUAUGAGAAUGAUUCGAAGCAAAGAAUAUCCUAUAACGAAAUUCGCUUCAUUUGCCAAUGUGUAA